CGGUUUGUCCAUUGUUUUUCUUGCUUCCUACGUCGUCGUCGUCGUCGUCGUCGUCGCUGUCACUGAUAGAUUUGGUAGAUAUUGUGUCGGUGCCGGUUUCACCCUCGCGCACCGUCACACAUCGGAUUGAUCACUCAGGAUAUCAAGCGGAAAAUUUGGAAUAAGAUGAUAGGAUCUGUUCCUGAACGAUGGGAUACCGAUGCCAAGCGGUGCGAGUCCCCAGCUCCCUCCAUGUCCACUGGUCGCGUAUCGUCCGAACCCGAUCCGAUAAUGCGAACAGGAGUUUUGACUAUCAUACGGCGGGCCACGUUUGGAACAUCCUCGCAGCUUCGACGACGAACCAUUCUCUGUGCUCCAAAGCUGACAGAUGACUUGCAUCCAAUAUUGCAAGAAAUCUUCCCAGAUACGACACCUGCCUCGAGUCGGGCCCUUAAACCACUUCCGCAUGUGACGAUGGCUUUGGGACGUAUCACGCAGGCUGCCAUUAAGGGUACCCCCUUGUUGAUAUUCCUUCCUGAAGAAACCAUGGUUGAUGGGGAUCUGGAAACAAAACCUGUAUAUGUAGAACUGUCUUCCGUGGUCACUUUGCGGGACGAAGUGGACAUGAAUGAAACUUGCACCUUUGGGCUGGAAUUGAAAAACACUGCCACAGGGGGUUGGGCUGGUAAAAAUAUGCGGAUUCGAGCAGGCUUUUCUCUUGAAUAUUUGGGAUGGAUGGCUGUCUUAAGGGAAGCCAUGAAUAUUGGAGCCACACCUACGCUGGCGUAUGGUAGUAAGACGGCCCAGGUAAUACCAAUCAAGAUGCAACGGGAGCAAAUACGCGGACGGUCGAUGGUGAGACAUUCGGAAAUGGACCUAAGAGGUUGUUAUGGAAAUAUGGAUGAGCAGCAACGCAUCUCCAGAUCCUUGGAAAGGGGCCGGACGAGAUCGGCGCAGAAUCUAGGCGCGCGGAUGACAGAUCUACGCCUACGUCAAGAGCAGACGAUUGCAUCAGCUGGGAACCAAGUUCACAUACCCCACGGUAAUGAGCAACCGUCAAGUCCGCCGUUGGCCCCCGUUCCCAGGCGAGGUCGUCGCCAGGGUGACAAUAGACCCCCACCUGCCAUGUCAAACAGAGGUUUAUGUUUACCUGCCCUCCGUCGAGUGUCGUGGCAUGGAGACUUGGAAGAGGGCUCCAUGUCUGAUCUUGUAAAAGACUGGGGUAUGUCGAUGUUGGUGCGGGAACCUGAGGCUGAAGUCUCUUGCACUGUACCGAUUAUAGAGAGCGAAUCAUAUGGCCCAGAGCCAUCCGCACCAGUACCUUCUGUCAAGGAUCAUGUGCAGGAGGGAACUAAAAGCGACAAUAGCUUCGUAGAUAAUAAGGACCGCCCAAUCUCCACAGAUUCUGGUAUUGGCUCUUCUGUAUCUGGAUCACCGUCAUCAAGGGGAUCAAUGAUACGAGACAGACCUCAAUCUCUGGAGUCCCAUCGACCCCAUCUUGACGAGACCUCUGUACCGAAAAUCAACAGGUCUACUGCAAUGGAACACAAACCGUCUCUCCCGCGUAUGCGUAGUUCAGAGGAGCACACGUCUGCAACUCGCUCAUCUCAUCCUCCGGUCCGAGUCAACCCACCCCCUUCCAAACGCCGCCCUAAUGCGUCUCUCAAUGAAUUUUCCCCACGUUUGCCACCGACCCUCCCGGCCUCACGUCACAGCGCUUCCGCAGCGACUCGUCCAACUAGUCAGGCACGUUACAGCCCAGUGACCCUCCGUGGCUCACCUCCGGGCCCACCCACGUCGAUAAAUCCCGUCCCAAUCAUAUCGCUGGCCGAUUCCCGGGGACCCCGCAUAUGGUCUGUCAAAAGGAACAAAUGGGUCGCGCUGCAUGAAAGGGUGCCUGUGAAUAGAAUAGAUGAUUGAUGGAAUCUACAGUAGAAUUGUCAACGAUGUGCUUUGUACCAUUUUUUUUUCUGUUCCGUAAGAAGUCAAUAUUGUAGUUGUAUACACCUUUCCAGACCUUUACCGAAGAAGAAUACAUUUGUUUGUGUUAGAAGUGUCAGAAAAG